AUGGCAGCUCGUAAUCCUGGUCCGACUCUUCAGGCAGCACCCUUAGGACUACCUACUUUCCGGCGGAGGAACCUCAAAGACCAUAUGGCCAGGUUGGCCUUCAAGGAUUCCGAGGUGAACACCAGGGUCUACAAGGUAGUGUUCGAGAAUCUCGGGGUAUUCGGCCGUAUCGAUGCCAACAAGAUGGUGGGUAAGAAUAGGAUCAGGAAUAGAGACAUCCAAGUUGGUCAUGCUAAUGAAGUGAAAAGGGGUGUCAUCUACUGGGCUCAUGCAAAGUUCAUGGAGAGACCCCUUCUCAACGGUAUGGUUCUGCUGAACUGUGCUGUUUACGGUGCGUGGAGGUGCACAGCUCUCAGUUUUCGAGUGACUCCUCGUGGAGGCGAGCGACUACGGCGACUGUUGAUGAAUAAUUUCACUUGCUCAUGGGAAGACAUGGCCAAGGGUCGUUGGCAUCAGAGCAUACUAUACGGUUUCUCUCACAUAACAUUCCCCCACUUUAUCUUCAAUACUUGGUUACUCUAUUUCAUUGGCUGUCCCCUCUACGAUCGCCUAAGGAAUGAGAAGGAGUUCGGAGCAGUUUACGUCUCGGGGCUGUUCGCAGGUGCAGUGGCAGAGACCCUCACCUGUCGGAACCGGGCUACACCUCUGGUUGGCGCUAGCUCUGGUGUUAUGGCUUUGCUGGCGAGCCUCUCCGUCCUGGAACCUAAUAGAUGGUGGUACAUGCUAUUCCCAAUACCCGGAGCCACACUCUCUUCCAUGCAGUUGGCGGACAUCAACCUUGCCGUCCACCUUGUCGCAGCUCCUGCUAUCUUAUACCGUCAGUGUUCUCGAAGAUUUCCUCCGCGUUUUGGGAGUAACGUAGCAUACGUUGGGCAUCUAGCCGGCAUCCUGGCUGGCUAUGCCGCGACCAAAGCCAUCCAAUGGCAUCAUCGUGACCAGGCUCUGUUCCCACACGAGACCUGGUGGGAGUCGCAUAAAAGAUACGCCCUUCUACACUGGAGGUUCUCUGCCGAGGAUGCGGAUGAUCUCGGGGAAUGGAUGCUUUGUUGGUAUCGGGCACGACAGGCUCAUAAUGCAAACGAGCGACGAUACACCUGCCCGACUAAGACCUUCGCUGGCUUCACCAAUAGCCCCUCGGUGGGCCGCUCUUCCGGUUUCACUCGCCUCCGUGGCGAGAAGAGCGGCUUGCCAGGUGAAGGCUGCCUCCUGGGUCAACUCGUUGACUCCGGAAUCCCGGAGGAGCCCGAAGUGAUGUUUCGCUCAACUGAUGUCCCACGAGUCUACCAGAGCGCUGAAGCUUUGGCCAUGGGGUUGUUCCCGAAAAUCGUCGAGGGUGAUCCGUCGACCCUCAAUAUCAUCAUCCCUGAUAGGUCGAAAGACACCUUGACACCCAGCGCUACGGUGAGUAUCACUCAGAAUUAUCUGAGGCUAGACUACCGAACUCCGGCUUCUGGUCCUCGCAACCUGCCACACACCCUCGCCGCUACCCAGGUGUGUCCUCAUCUCAAGAAUGCUCUUGAUGAGUUCCACAAUUCAUCUGAAGCCAAGAUACGUGCAGAGCGUACGAGCUCCGAACGGACGAUCUUGGGGUCUAUCACUGGUCGUAGCGAGGCAUUCAAUACCAAUAAUCCACGGGACAUGCUCAAUAUCUACGAUUCGCUCUUCGACUGUCUGUCUACCCACGUUUGCUCAACUGUCCCUAGUGAGCCCAAGGAUGUCCCUAGAGGUCUAGGCCCGAGUAGUAUCUUAUUCAAGCAUGUUGAGAGGGAGGGGCUAUUCUGGUUCAUCAAUCGUUAUGGUACAUCCGAUAAGAUUCGAAAGCUCGCCUAUGGGCCCUUCAUUCAAGACUUGCUCGAGGAUUUGAUUGUCACUAGGAGGCGUUUAUCGGUUUAUCUUGGUCAUGAUACUGGACCGGCCAACGCCAUCACCGACACACUGCAGUUGACCUGGAUGGAUUCUGGCAAUGCAUGCGCUAAGAGCUGGCCACCGUUCGGCAGUAUGUUGGUGAUGGAGAUCUACUUCGAUGACCAAGUUCGUUUUAUUUAUAACGGCCGAGUAGCCUCUGUCGAGGCCAUCCACGAAUGCAGGGGCAAGUGA